AUGGAAGUGUCAAAAAUAUUCAGAAUAGAAAUGAUAAGGGAUGUAAUCAGGUCGACUCAUUUGUAUUUGCUCUAUGAGCUCUUCCUGUUGUCGAUGAAGAUCACCGCCGCCAUGUUGGUUGCAGCUGUUAGGAUGGUGAUACCCCCUAAACCAAAGAAUCUGUUGGGAGAGACUGUGCUGAUUACCGGUGCUGGGCACGGAAUUGGUAGAGAGUUGGCCAUACAAUUAGGUAAUCUGGGCUGCACGAUCAUUUGCUGGGAUACAGACAACCAUGAGCUCGAAUCGACGAUGAACGCCGUGUAUAACAAUGGCGGAAAAGCUUACGGGUUUAACGUCGACGUGUCUGAUAGGGAGGCGGUAUCCAGGACCAUAGACAGAAUGGAACAAAAGCGUAUACCAGAUGUAUCGAUCCUGAUUAACAAUGCUGCCGUGUUAUAUUAUAGUUCUUUCUUUUACGGGUCUUUAAAUGAUAUCAUGCCGACGUUCAAUGUAAAUGUUCUUUCUCAAGUCUGGACGAUCGAUGGUUUCAUCCGAACCAUGAUAAGGAGAAAGAAAGGGCAUAUAGUGAGCAUAAACAGCAUGUGCGGGAUUUACGGGUUGUCUGGAAAAGUCUCGUAUUGCGUUUCGAAGUUUGCAGCCAGAGGAUUAAUGGAUGGGCUUCGCGAUGAGUUUCGUCAGGAUCCUCGGUCUGCUUGUAUACAAUUCACGACUAUUUAUCCAUUUUACGUAGACACCGGACUAGCUAAAGAUCCAGAGUACAGGUGA